GCGUUGCUGUGGCAACACUCAGCGAGCGUCAUGCGCUGGUGUGUUGUGCAAAAAUGGAAAGGAAGAUGGAGGAGAACGUGAGAGACGUCGACACUGGCAGUGAAGCUGGAAGAGAGGAAGCCUUAGUGGGCAAUGUGAACAAGCUGAUGGUUACUCCAACAGGAUACACAGGAGUUUCACGGAAAAGCCAUCUUGUCUUUGAUGCUUGCUUCGAGAGUGGUAACCUUGGACGUGUUGACUGCAUCAGUGAAUUUGAGUUUGACCUUUUCAUCAGACCGGACACCUGUAACCCUCGCUUCAGAGUAUGGUUCAACUUCACAGUGGAGAAUGUGCAGGAAACACAGAGGGUGAUUUUCAACAUUGUCAACUUCAGCAAGACCAAGAGCCUGUACAGGGAUGGCAUGUCUCUAGUGCUGAAGUCCACCAGCCGGCCUAAAUGGCAAAGACUCCCAGCUAAGAAUGUGUACUACUACCGUUGCCCUGACCAUCGGAGGAACUAUGUGAUGUCCUUCGCCUUCUGCUUUGACCGAGAGGAUGAUGUGUACCAGUUUGCCUACUGCUACCCCUACACCUAUACCAGACUGCAGCACUACCUGGACAGCUUAGAGCGCAGGAACCUGGACUACCUGCAGAGAGAGCAGCUGGGGCUCAGUGUGCAACAGCGACGUCUAGAUCUCCUAACCAUCACCAGCACUGCUCAACAGAAUCCAGAGAAGCAGAAGAAGCUUGUUGUUCUCCCAGCCCGUGUACACCCUGGGGAGUCGCCUGCAUCCUUCAUCUGUCAAGGAGUGAUUGACUUCCUGGUCAGCCAGCACCCUGUAGCCGUAAUCCUGCGUGACCAUGUGAUCUUUAAGAUUGUACCCAUGCUCAACCCUGACGGGGUCUACUUAGGCAACUACAGGUGCUCUCUUAUGGGUUUUGACCUGAACCGUCACUGGCAGGAGCCGUCCCCCUGGAUCCACCCCACCCUCCACGCCGUCAAACAGCUCAUUGUCCAGCUCAGCCAAGACGCAGUAGGUCUGGAGUUUUACAUUGAUGUGCACGCCCACUCCACCAUGAUAAAUGGCUUCAUGUACGGAAACGUGUUUGAGGAGGAGGAGAGAGUCCAGAGACAGGCCGUGUUCCCUCGCCUGCUCUGCCAAAACGCCCCAGACUUCUCCUUCUCCAACACAUCGUUUAACCGUGAUGUUGUGAAAGCUGGCACCGGGAGGCGCUUCCUGGGCGGCCUGCUGGACGACAUGUCCUACUGCUACACCCUGGAGGUGUCCUUCUACAGCUACAUGGCAGCAGGGAGCACGGCGCCCGUUCCCUACACAGAGGACACCUACAUGAAGCUGGGAAGAAAUGUCGCCCGCACCUUCCUCGACUACUACAGGCACAACAACUUCAUCGAUGACAACAAACCGCAAACCACAAAUCACAUCAACAGGUCAUGUUUUUAAUGACACAGUUCUAGAACUUGUCAGUUUACAUCCUUUUUGUUUAAAUUGAUAAUAUUCACUAUUGUUUGUGUUUUUGUGUCCUCAGUAGAUAGGUAUUGUCCCAGGGUCGACAGGGGAAUGGAAUUGGGAUCUAGAAGACCUUGGGGGCGAGAGAGGAGCAGAGAGGAAGAACCUGGGACUUAAAGAUUAGACUACUAGACACCAGGAAGCGCCACAACAUGCUGGAAACACCAGUCCCGUCUGACUACUGUAUAGGGGCUCCGGACUCACAGGCCUAUACUAUAUCCACACAGCCCUCAUGAAAAUUAGAUGCACCAGCCUGAGAUAAAGGACUCCUUUUCACAAAAGAUCACGUUUGGAUAGCAUGUUAAUUGAAGGACAUUUACCCAUGGGACUUCAUUAGAGCAAGUUUCUCUGACUUUGUAUGAAAUGUAUGGGACCGAUCAAGCUAACACAUAUACAUCUCAUGCUCCAUUUGAGGACUUCAUAUGUCAUUCUUACAUAAUACCACAGUGUGCUUUUUCCUUUUUAGGUGUUGCUUUUUAUUCAAAUGUAUUUAUGUAUGUCAUUGUAAAUAAGUGCAUGUGUUUUCUCUUGUAUGUAACUUAUUGUGUGUUUAUCUUGCCUCUCUCUAUCAUACAUGAUUUGGAAUGGGAGGGGUAACUCAUUUUUGUUUAGUCACUACCUUAUCAGUAUCUAAGUAUUGUGUUGAUAAAAACUAUAAAAUAUAACACACAUUUGUAAGUUUGUCAAAUUAAUGUUCAGUCACUGUUAGUGUAUUAGUUUACACAGGUGUUUGUGAUUAAAAGGAACAGACUUGGGUUCAAUUUCAUGUAAACUGAAGUAAUUUCAUGGAUAAUACAAUUAAAUUAAUGCAUUUUAAAUCCCUAUAGAAAA